CUCUGAAGUCAGUCCUCCCUCAGCCCCGACAGUUGCCUUCAGGAGAGGCGCAUGCGCCUCAGAGCUUCCCGGGGGGCCGGCACUCCCGGGAAGGUUCUGUGGAACCCGUUUACCCGGGCACUGUUCCCUGGUCCCGCUGCUGCCGUCCUCGCGGUCCUCCUCCUGCUCCUCCUCCUCCUCUCCCCUGGGGAGCACCGCUGGCUCCGGGCUUCAGCAUCUCUUUCAAUCGAUGCCAUGAUCAGGCAGGAGCUGUCUUCAUCUUACCAAGAGCUAAAUGAAGAUCUGGAUCAAGUGGUUGAGAACUCAGACAGAGUGGAGGAGAACGAAAGGAAGGACUCCAAAGACAAAGGCUCGGGCAUUUUGCCAGUUCUAGACAGCGAAUCUGUCAUCAACAGCAUCCGCUUCAGCAAGGCCUGCCUAAAGAAUGUGUUUUCAGUGCUGUUAAUCUUCAUUUACCUGCUGCUCAUGGCCGUGGCGGUCUUCCUGGUCUACCAGACCAUCACUGAUUUCCGGGAGAAGCUCAAGCAUCCGGUCAUGUCUGUCUCCUACAAGGAGGUGGAUCGCUACGAUGCACCAGGUAUUGCCCUGUACCCUGGGCAGGCUCAGUUGUUAAGCUGUAAGCACCAUUAUGAUGUCAUCCCUCCUUUGAACAGACCCGGGCAACCAGGAGACGUGAACUGUACCACCAAGAGGAUUAAUUACACGGACCCUUUCUCCAACCAAACCAUGAAAUAUGCUCUGAUUGUCCAGGGACCCCGGGAAGUAAAGAAGAGGGAGCUGGUCUUUCUUCAGUUCCGCCUGAAUGAAACCAGUGAAGACUUCAGUGCCAUUGAUUACCUCCUCUUCUCUUCUUUCCAGGAGUUUGUGCGGAGCCCAGACAAAGUACGCUUCAUGCAGGACUGUGAGAGUGCCUAUUCCAGCUGGAAGUUCUCUGGAGGUUUCCGGACCUGGGUCAAAAUGUCACUUGUGAAGACGAAAGAAGAAGAUGGACGGGAGGCUGUGGAGUUCCGGCAGGAGACAAGUGUGGUGAACUACAUUGACCAGAGGCCAGCAGAGGAAAGAAGUGUCCAGUUGUUCUUUGUGGUCUUUGAGUGGAAAGAUCCCUUUAUUCAGAAAGUCCAGGACAUCAUCACCGCCAACCCAUGGAACACAAUUGCUCUUCUUUGUGGGGCCUUCUUAGCAUUAUUCAAGGCGGCAGAGUUUGCCAAGCUAAGUGUGAAGUGGAUGAUCAAAAUUCGAAAACGCUAUCUGAAAAGGAAAAGUCAAGCAGCCAACCACAUCAGCUGAAAGCGCUUCUGUGCGAUGGUGUUUACACACUGGGUAGAGCUGUGAACUUGAGGGAUGCUAACACCCCCGUUGUGACCGGCCAGCUGGUCACCACUAACUCUGCAUUUGCCUGAAUGGAUAUUUGUUAUGCUUAAGUGACAGUUUGGGAAAACCACCCUUCUGACUUGACCCAAGAGGAGGAUGACUGGUGCUGAGGAUAGAUCCAAAGGCAACUCCUAAAGUUAUUUAAAUGUUUAAGUUAUUAAUGAAUCAUUUAAAAAUUGGACCAACUUGCAAAUUGGGGUGGGAGUUCAGGGAGCUCAACAAAUGACCAAUUAAUUGUGUAAGAUGCUGUGACAUGUCUUUCUCUGUGUUUGAGAUGCACUUUGACACCUCAAUGAUUCUAAUGGAACACAACUGCUUAAAAAGCCUAUAGUGAAUUGGGGCUCUUGUUACUUAAGAUGGUUAUCAGUGCUCUGAGAAAAUCAGAUUUUUCUUCCCAUCUACCAGAACAGCAGUUCUUAGACCUGAGUCUAUGCACUGUCCUACAAGUACAUUAUUUCCCAUCAACAUGAGAAUGUCAGCAGCUGACAAGCUUUUUCAUGUGGAAUAUGAAGUGACAUAUUUUUGAAAGCUACUUGAAAUGAGUGAUUAAAUAUCUCCUGAAUGACCAUUCACUUAAUUGUCUGAGCAUUAUAUGCCAAUAGCUAUAUAAAAGCUUGAAGAAAUAACUUCUACUUGACCCACAGAGACCCUUCCAUGUGGUGGGGGAACAAAUAUUGUGGGGAGAAAGCAAGCCCAAACAGUAGUGGGCUUUGAGGGCUAAAUGCACAACUUGCCCAAACCGCUCAUUCAUCUUGGGACUUUUCCAAAAAAAAAAAAAAAAAAAAGUGUCAAUUUCUAUGCUGAUGAAGGAGAAAUAGUUAACACUUUACCUUUACUUCCAGAAUAAUCCAUUUCUUAGCUCAGCUACAGCCCAUCCAUGUCAAGAGGGAAGGGAGAGUAACAUCCUGUUCAAGCUGGCGCCCAGCAAGGCUCUAUCAAUGAACUGUACUAACUCUAUUCUCUGUAUCCCUCACCAUCCCAUCUAAUUCUCCUUAUCGGUCUGGUCUGACUUUUAGUGCUUCUACUCCAGUGGAUUGGGUCUCAGUGCUUAGUAGAGGAAGGGACUAAGUAUUUAAUGACAUCUACUAGGUGCCAGUGUCUGUGCCAUAAAUACUUUACAAAAAUCCCAUCUGAUCCUUACUAGAGUAGGGGCUAUUACGAUUCUCAUUUUACAGCUGAGGCAGACAGAGGCUGGCUGACUUGCCCGAGGGUCACCCAGCUAUUAAGUAUCUGAGGCUGGAUUUGACUUCCUGACUCCAAAUCCAGUGUUCUAAUCCACUGUGCCACCGAGAAGUGAAUUUUAUGGAUAGACAAUAAUCGCAUGAUUUCUUGAAGUCUCUUCCAGUUACAUAAGAAAUCAUGGAUCAAAUUAGAACAGU